GACAUGGAGGCGGAGGGGGCGGUGCAGCGGCCUGACUCACUGACCUUACAGGAUGUGGCCGUGGACUUCACCAAAGAUGAGUGGAGUUGCUUGGACCCGGCUCAGCGGGCCCUCUUCCGGAAUGUCAUGCUGGAGAAUUACAGGAACAUGGUUCUACUAGGACUUCCCGUUAACAAACCUGCCCUGCUGUCCCAGCUGGAGCAGGAGCAGGAGCAAGAGCAGGAGCAAGACGACAGAGAGGACUUGAAAGACGCUGUCACAGGGUGGAGCCUUUACGAAGCACCACUGGCAGAGAAAAGAAAAGAGGAGUAUGGGGAGGACCAGAUGGAGGAGACCCCUUCCCUUCACACCCUCACACCUGAAGUUCUUAGUGAGGCGCUCGGCUACUUAGACACUGCAAUGACUAUUUUCGAAAAGAAUGAUCCCAACUCCAAGCGCAGCUCUAAGGUCAAUGGAAUGAUUCUGAAUGCCGCUGCUUGCUACAGAGAAAUCUAUCAGGAGAAGCGGCCUUCAACCCAGACUCCCCUGGACAGUCCUUUGUAGGCGAUCUGGGCCAUCUGUGUAUAUUCUCCUCAGAGAGUGCUUUUAAAUAUAAGGAGUCCAAAAAGAUUGUGCCCGUGUUUAUGAUGACUUGACACUGAUAUUAACCAGCUCCCAAACCUUAGAUAUGAGUUGCGGUUUAUAUGUGCUGAAUUUAUAUUUUGGAGCAUAUCAGUUAAAUGAGGCUUUCCGUUUUAUAAGUACCUCCAUGCCAACUGUAUAGAACUUGGAGCCUACUUUUAGAAUAUUUGAGUAUUUUCUUUCAUGCUAUUUUAUUUAAAGUUGUGAUUUAGAUGAUGCUCUCUCUUGGGUCGGGAAUGUACCUUUAUUCAUUCAGGAAAUAUGAUCUGCUUUGAAACAUGAUUCUCAGGAAUACAUUGCAGUACAAAGGAGGAGAUAUUUGAAUUCAUAUAUUAAAUUUAUUUUCAAUCUGUAAGUUAUAACAAGACAGAUUAUAAGUCAUGCUAUUCUUUGACAUCGUAAUAUUUCCUUUCAAUUAAGUUUUUCCAUAACUUUUAUUCUUUUCCCUUUUGCCAGAUUUUGGCCAGGUGGCUAAAGACCAAUCUGUCUACUGAUAACAUCUAGCAUCUUCCUAAAUGUUGUCUCUGUACUCGAAUGUUCUGUUUCUUUACUUUUUUCCCAACUUGGCUUCCUCUUGGUGAUCCUUCCUGCUUCAUUUGGCUUCCAUUAUUUUCUAUGUCUACUUUGCCUUUGUGGCUGACAGGUUAAUGAAUUAACAACAAAAUCAUAGAAGCUCAUCAUAAAUGAGCCUUUUGGUUCAAGUGCUAAUAACAUGUUGCUAUCCUGGCCAAGGUAAGUGAAAUAGGUGACUCCCUCUUUUUGUACCUCUGAGCUUACUUGGUUGGAAAUCAAAUAGGAGUCAGCAAGUUCCCUUUUUGUAUGCUUUGCUUAUUUUCCUUAACUUUCAACAAAUUUAGCAGUGCUUGCACCAAGUAGCAGUGUUUUCCCACAAGAUCCAGAUUUGUUCAUUCAUUCAUUCAUUCAUUCACUUAUUUAGCAUGGCCAUAUUACUAGUAGAAAAAUGAGUCUAGAGUUCCCUUGGCUAGGAUAGCAUUCCUAGUCUCUGCCUCCCCAAGCUCUAAAAGUUAAUGGUAAUCAUUGUGGGGUCACCCAGUGACUUCAUGGCUUUAUGCACAAUUGUCUUAGUUAAUGUCUGAUGCAACUGGAACUACUAAAUUAAUUGCCCCCACCUCACUUUCACAAUAACAAAAGGAAAGGAACCUUCCUGAAUGAUCACGGGAUGCUGAAAGUUGUGGCAGCGUCGGGACUAGCUUAGGAGGAUUUCACUCCCCAUAAUCUUCAUUAACCUCCCUUUCCCAAAAUGAUCCCAAGAGAUUCUAUUAUAGUCCUAGUAAAAUCUCAAUGCUUACUAUGCUGACCCAGCUCCACCCCUUUCCCAUCAGAUUAUCAUACCUAAGUUCCACCUUUGUACAUAUUCUAGAGCUCCACUGGUUGUCUCCCACUUUUUCUCCAUAGAGUCCCAGAGCCAAACUCCUAUAUCAAUACUGGUAAAUUUUUUCAAGGCUAUCCUGAAUCUUGACUCCACCAAGAAAUAGGUCGUUAGUAAAGUCAACUUAUCACUGUCACAAGAAUAAACAUUAUAAACAUACUGGUCAACCAGCUCUAGACCAGAAAAAUCAAAGCUAUUUUCACAGAAGGAUGUCUUUAUAUCUAUUUAUAUUCAAUCCACAAAUAUUUUGUUAUUGUCUGCUGUGUAGUAAAGAAUUUAACCUUGCCCAAAGAGAAGUCUGGCCCUUGCUCCUGGCUCCUUGGCAUGCCAUGCCUGAUUGUUGUGUCUUUGUUUAGCAUGGAGGAUUUGGGUCACAUGGUAUCAGCUCAGCCUCCCGAGGAGCUGGAGUCAGCCAGGUUUAUGUGGCUGAGUCUCAGUAAAGACUCUGGAUAGGAAGGCUUGGGGGAACCACCUUGGUUGGCAGUGCUCCAUGGGUGUUGUCACCCAUGGUAGGAAGAUUUAACGCUGUCCAUGACUCCACAGGGAAAGGACAGCUGGAAACUAUGCUGGGAACUCUCCUGGACUCUGCCCCAUUAUUCUCUUCCCUUAGCUGAUUUUAGUCUGUAUCCUUUCCCUGUA